AUGGAGCCAAAUGGGUCCAGUGCUGUGCCAUCAGCGUCUGACUUGAUUCUUCAGCAGAGGACUGAAGCCCUCAAGAGUGUGCAAGAGUCUGUGCAAAAGGGUGAUGGUAGUCUUUUUUCGCAACUGACGAACAAUCCAUUGUUCACAGCGGGAUUUGGCCUUGCUGGUUUGGGCGCAGGGCUCACUUUCGCUCAGAAGGGCAUCCGUCAUGGUGCAGCUUUAUUGCGACGUCGCAUGCUUGUCGACGUCGAAAUUAGCAUCAAAGAUGAUUCAUAUCCGUGGUUUCUCCAUUGGAUGACCCUUUAUCAACAGUCACAAUUAGGUACUAGCCGUUCAGUUGCAAGCAAUUCGGGUUUUAUCAACCGUUUCCUCCAGAAAAUGACACCCGGAAUGCGUCACCUUUCUAUUCAGACACAAAAGGUUGAGCACUCGAACGGUGCCAUCCAUACACAUUUCUCCUUGAUUCCUGGUCCCGGGAAACACGUUCUUCGCUACAAGAAUGCGUUCAUUUUCGUCAACCGCAUGCGCGAAUCAAAGUCACGCGAUCUUCAGACUGGGAAACCGUGGGAGACUAUCACCUUGACCACUCUCUACGCUCAUCGCCAUAUCUUCGAAGACCUGUUUACUGAAGCCCACGCAUAUGCUGAAAAAUCACAUGAAGGAAAGACUACAAUUUAUAACAGUUGGGGCACGGAGUGGCGACCAUUUGGGAAUCCACGACGCAAGCGUCCGCUUGAGUCGGUGGUGCUCGAUGAGGGCGUCAAGGAACGUAUAGUGGAGGAUGUGGAAGACUUUAUCUCAAGCGCAGCUUGGUAUCACGACCGCGGCAUUCCGUACCGUCGUGGCUACCUAUUAUAUGGACCACCAGGCACUGGAAAAAGUUCGUUUAUCCAAGCGUUGGCUGGCGAGCUAGACUACGAUAUUGCUAUUUUGAACCUGAGCGAGCGUGGACUAACUGACGAUCGUUUAAAUCAUCUGUUAACAAUUGUUCCGAACCGAACUCUAGUUCUGCUGGAGGAUGUGGAUGCGGCUUUCUCAAACAGGCGCGAGCAGUCAGACGCGGAUGGGUACCGGGGCGCUAACGUGACCUUCUCUGGUCUACUGAAUGCUCUUGAUGGAGUCGCCAGUGCUGAGGAGCGUAUUAUCUUUUUAACUACCAAUCACGUUGAGCGUCUUGACGAGGCCCUGGUCCGACCGGGGCGCGUGGAUAUGACUGUCCGCCUCGGAGAGGUAACGCGCUACCAGGUCAGCCGACUCUGGGAUCGGUUUUACGAAGAGAUUGACAAAGACGGAUCUCACCGAAAACUGUUCAUCAGCCGGCUUGAGGAGCUUGGCCUAAUUGAGGAUGCACAAGGCCAUAAGCCCGACCGCUCGAAAAGCACCAGUGCAGCGGCGUUGCAAGGCCUAUUUUUGUAUAACAAGGGCAAUAUGGAGGGGGCAAUUGCCAUGUCCGAAGGACUCACUUAUUCAGUCCACGGUGAGGCACUGGGACACAGCCAAGAUUAA